AUGCCUCCAUCUGCAGCUCUGGACUGUGGCUCAACGAGUCUGCCACCGCUGCUAUGGGCUCCCUCAUCCUCCAAGGUCCUCAUCUGCUCUGCGGAUCAACUGGACGUGUUUGGCACGCUUGAAAGCUCCAAUUUUCACGCAACAGUGCGCCACUACACUUCUCUCAUCGGUGGGAAGCCUUCUCUUGUCCAGUUUGGAGCCCGGGACACGGAGCUUCUGAUAUGGUCCGCGUCUGGCCUGAAGCUUGUAGUCGUUGAUGUGUGUAGCUCUGCCGUCGUUGAGAUUGCGGGCCCCAAGUUCCACCAAGCCACUUCUGCGCCACGAGGCCUGUCUGUCCAUCCAGCCACGGGCCAUCUGGCAUUACUGGCUCGCUCCGGCGGCAGGGACAUCAUAAGCCUCCAUAAUCCGGUUGAUCGACAAGUGGUCAGGUCUUGGUUCCCGGAGACGCUCGAUGCUCAAGGUCUCUCCUGGACCCCUGAUGGCAAGUGGCUUCUGCUCUGGGAGUCGGCUGUUUACGGUCAUCGGCUCCUCAUCCACACGCCCGAUGGGCAGCAUUUUCGUUCCCUUACGGCAUCCAACCUGUUGAAAGGCCCAGAUGCAGACCUGGAACUGGGCAUCAGAAUCUGUCAGCUGAGCCCGAAUGCGGAGAUCUGUGCAAUCGGAGAUUACAGCAGAGAUGUAUGCAUUCUCCAAACACAUUCAUGGAGGGCACGAAUGAGGCUAUCUCAUCCUGCCACCAUAGUACCGAAAGAUACUCUCCAGGUAUGGCAAGAGAAGAUUGGAACGGCAUCUUUCCAAGCGCGAGCCAGCCACACUUUUCUCAAGGCCACGCAGGUAUUGUCACCCCCUGGGCCCGCCGCCGAUGCUCAGUCUGCGGCGGAACACAAGGCCGGCUGCUCCAUGGCUGCCUUUGACGCAUCCUCAACCCUCUUGGCAACACGAUUGGACGACUCGCCAUGCACUCUGUGGAUCUGGGAUGUUGUAGCCGCCGAGCUUCGAGCCGUCCUCAUCUUCCACUCUGCCGUUUAUUUUCAGUGGCAUGCGAACUCCCGUGAGCUGCUUCUCAUCACCUCGCAGGACCCGGCGCAGCAAGGUGUGUCUUUCAUAUGGGAUCCUCUGUCUGAUGGACCAACUCCGCUUGUGCCAGAGGAUCACCUGCCUGCUGGAAGAUCGGUGGGAAAAGCACAGGUUGCUUGGAUCAACCGCGAGACCGAAUUGCCGGUCGUGUUUGUUUCUGAUGCGGAGCACUACCUUUUGCUGUCUCCGUCCAAUAAUGCUGGGCGGGACUCGAAUCCCUGGCAGACUGCUGCGGAAUACAGUGGUAGUGAGAUGGCACUUGACAGCCCAACGUCAGCUCGCUAUGCAUCGGAUGACGGAGAUGGAGCAUCAGUCGUGGACGAUACAUUUUCCUUUAGAAAUGUCUAG